AUGGUACUCGUGCUUAGGAACAUAGGCAGCCACGCUUCCAUCGAGUUGCCGACAAGCACACCUGGAACAUCGUGUGACGGGGAGGUCGGCUGUAUCUACGCCACCUCGGGCUUGAGACGGGAACAAGGGCAACUUGAAGCAGCAACAGUCCAUAAGACCCCCACGUCCUUGGACGCCGCGAUCCUCGAGAAGGUCAAGGCAGCUUCCGGGAGCAUGUCAAUGACGGGGAUCGGCCGCGAGAUGAUACCUACUAGAAUUGAGCGCUGCCUUAACGCACCCACUCAUUCUCACUGGGAUGCGCACCCGAACGUGAACGUCCCGUCGUCGCCCACCAUCGCGGAACUGGAUGCGCGGGACUCCUUCCCGCUACUGUGCAUCCUAUCUGCCUCAUUAUCCGAGGACAAGGUUCCUGAACCAGAACCCCUGCCCGUUCCACCGACUUCAGCAGUCGUGGCGGCUCCGACCCCCACCCGUCCCGUCGCCACACCAUCGAUGUGGCGCAUGGCAGACCGCCCUCCGCCACUGUCGUUAUCGCGGACGUCCUCUUCGGGUACGGCGUCAAUAACAUCAUCGGGACCCGUUACGCCGAUGGACCCCAACCCGCCGGGGCCUCAUGUGCUGCACGUCGCCACGCCCGGCAGUUCCAUCCCGCUUCACUCCUCCAAAUCCCCAAUGCCCUCUGCCACACCCGUCGUCAACCCCAAUCUCAAAACAAACCCUCCUGCACCGCCUAAGCCGAAGCCCCUCCCCGCGACGCUCGCGCCCUCGCCCUCACGCCCGCUUUCCCUCAAGGCGCAGCAGUCCCUCGCGCAGUCAAGGAUCGAUACGAUCCUGUCCGCGACGCUCGACGCAUACGACGUCGCUCAAGCACACAUCGACGAGGUCCUCCGGAAGUAUGAGGCACGGCGGCAGGAGGGACUGGUUAGGCUGGCGGCGGCGAGGGUGCGAUCUAAGGACGUCGGAUGUACAUGUGCUGUUCCGACGUGCUCGGACUCCGAGGAGGUCGGUCGCCAGCGACGCGAACCAAACCACGCCACACCGGGUAAUGGUUCCGCGCUUCUCCCAGGCUAUCGUCCAAUCAUGUACAUCAAAAUGCAGGGUAAAGGGUCUGGUUCCUCACGCUGA